CGCCGGCCCGGGGGCCUUGCCCUGGUUCCUAUCCUUCACGGCGGCCAACCUAGCUGUCUUUCUGACCUCUCCGACGUUGGGAACCACGCAGGGAGGGACAUGGGUGACCGGAAGUGGGAGCCAUGAGCAUCUCCUCCUGGAACUCAGAUGCUGGAGGCGUUGGCUGGACCACCGGGACGUACGCAUGGACUGCACUGGUCGUCGAGCUGCGCACCUACAGCUAACCUGGGCAGCCGGGCUCUGUGGGGCAGGGUAUUUGCAAAAACCUACCGCCUUCAAGGGGCGCGGGAACAUGACUCUAGAUCAGGAGCCCGUUGCGGGCAAGGCGCGUGGCGCCAGGGCCUGCCCUUCUGGCCCAUGAAACCCUGGAGCCCGGAGACUUGCCGGUGUCAGUGGCAGCAUGGUCUUCUGUUUGGAAAACGAGAUGCCACACCGCCUGCUGCGAAGCACCAUGGUCCACUUCCAAGCCUCUGAAGUCCAGCAGCUGCUACACAACAAGUUCGUGGUCAUUUUGGGGGACUCCAUCCAGAGAGCUGUGUAUAAGGACCUGGUGCUUCUGCUCCAGAAAGACACGCUGCUCACAGCUUCCCAGUUAAAAGCCAAGGGGGAGCUGAGCUUUGAACAGGAUCAGCUGGUGGCUGGGGGCCAGCUGGGCGAGCUACACAACGGGACUCAGUACCGAGAGGUCCGCCAGUUCUGCUCUGGCUCUGGCCACCACCUUGUGCGCUUCUACUUCCUCACCCGCGUCUACUCCGAGUACCUUGAGGACGUCUUGAAGGAGCUGUCAUAUGGACCUGCCCCUGACCUAGUGAUCAUCAACUCCUGCCUCUGGGAUCUCUCCAGAUAUGGCCGCUGCCCAAUGGAGAGCUACAGAGAGAACUUGGAACGAGUGUUUGUACGAAUGGACCAGGUUUUGCCAGACUCUUGUCUGCUGGUGUGGAACAUGGCAAUGCCUUUGGGGGAACGUGUCACUGGGGGUUUCCUCCUGCCAGAGCUCCAGCCUCUGGCAGUCUCUCUGCGACAGGAUGUGGUUGAGGGGAACUUCUACAGUGCUACACUAGCUGGGAACCACUGUUUCGACGUCCUAGAUCUCCACUUUCAUUUCCGGCACGCUGUACAUCACCGGCAUCGAGAUGGUGUCCAUUGGGACCAGCAUGCACACCGCCACCUCUCACACUUACUUCUGACCCAUGUGGCUGAUGCUUGGGGUGUGGAGCUACCCAAACAUGACCCACUCCCAGACCCAUGGAUUGAGGACUGGCCAGAGAUGAAUCAUCCAUACCAGGGAAGCCAUAAGCAGCCCCCAGACUUCAGGGAGAAGCUGGCCUUGCCCCUGCUCCCACCUUUCCAUUUGCCUCCUCCCAUGUCUUUUCCUUACCCACUUCUUCAGCCCUCACCACCUCCCUUAUUCCCACCCCUGCACCAGGAUGCCCCCUUUUUCCAAGGCCAGCCCUUUCCACCCUAUGAAAUCUUCAAACACAAUUCAAUGGAGGACUUCUCGAUGCCAUCUAACUUAGGAUGUGGCCCUGGAAUGAACUUUGUACCUGGUCCCCUGCCACCAUCUGGCCCUGUCUCCCACGGUCAACACCGGGGUCCUGUGGUCCACCGGGGCAAGCCACGAUGUGUUCCCAACAACCCCUACCAUGUACCAAGGAUUGGAGGGACAUGUAGGCAGCGACUCAGACACUCAGACAGACUGAUCCACACAUAUAAACAGGACAGGCGGGGACAUGCCCAUUCAGGGACAUGGCCUGGAUAGACAGGAUCUUUCUUAGGUUGGGACUAGAGGUGCCAAUGGCCCUGAAGGGUCUGCCUGAUACCUUAGCUGUUGGGCUGGGGUAUUCUUGUCCAUUGCUGAUAUCAAUAAAAGCAUGGAAGGACA